GCCGACCCCUCGCGAGCCAGCCCCGUCCAGUCAUCCGAGCCGCAGCGACGAGCCGACGAGACGAGCGCCGCCGGCGGGUGACGGGUCCGCCGCUCGCCGUCGCAGGAGGGGGGGAUGGGGGACGAGCGCGUGAAGGCGGAGGCGCUGCAGAUCCUGGGCCUGUUCCAGGUGCUCCCCCGUCUCGUCGUCUUCGACCUCGACUACACCCUCUGGCCCUUCUACUGCGAGUGCCGCUCCAAGAGGGAGUCGCCGAGCCUGUACCGGCACGCCAAGGGCAUCAUGUUCGCCCUCAAGGAGAAGGGGAUCGACAUGGCGAUUGCGUCCCGCUCCCCCACCCCGGACAUAGCCAAGGUGUUUAUUGACAAACUGGAAAUCAAGUCCAUGUUCGUUGCCCAGGAAAUAUUCUCCAGCUGGACUCACAAGACCGAGCAUUUCCAAAAGAUCCAUAGGAAGACUGGGAUUCCCUACAAAUCAAUGCUUUUCUUUGAUGACGAGGACAGAAAUAUUGAAUCGAUAUCAAAAAUGGGUGUCACGAGCGUGCUGGUGGAGAACGGGGUGAAUCUUGACAUGUUUAAGUUGGGUCUGAGUAACUUCGCCACAAAUUUUGCUGCCUCGAGCACAAGUAAAGAGGAAUAACCUCAUUGAACAACUAGAACCAACAGACAAGAAAAACAUAUUUAAUUUAUGUAAUCCUUAAGUUAAUAUGUAUUCCUUGUAACUUCUAUUGCCCUUGCUCAUUUAUUUGAGCAAGGAUAACCUCAGAGAGCAAAUCAUUUACGUGAAUGUUACGAUUCAAUCGAAUCAGAUGAAUUUGAUUUGAUCAGUGUAUUGUGGCAUACUCAAACUCACACAAACUCAAAUAUGUGUCCGUGUUUGGCUUUACAAAGU